ACCAGGUGACCACUUUUUGGGACCACUGCUCAAGUCCGGUGACAAACCCAAUUCGCAUUUUGGGGCGAUUAUGGGCUUGAUGUCCUUGUCGGAGUCGUCGUCCAUUGUUUGGGGCCCCACUCAACUAUCUGGCAUCUCACUCGCACGCAUGCAACACGGCUAAUGGCGUCUCUUUCUACAAUGAACUGUCAAAACACAAAAUUUGGUACUUUGACCCGUUAAUUAGUGUUAAUGACAGGUUUUGAAGUGUCACAAUGGAUUCUUGGGUUAAAUUGAAUGGACAAACAGCCGGGAGAGACAAAACUGCAAGAUUGUUGCAGUAUUUGAGUCGAAUCCUCUGGCACCGUUUGCAACACAGUAACAAAGACCAAGUGAACGUUUUUAAAAACCUGGAGUUUCAAUUGAGCACAUUUCGAAAAUUGCUCCGUUUUGGUAAAUGUCUCGAUGUUGUGUACUCAACGGUAGCUUUAUUCGACCAUGGGGACCCCACAGUUCGCCACACUGUAAUCCUGAGCCGGAUUGCCAACUCGUUGUUUCUUUUAGCCGAUCAUUUGUUGUGGUUAGGUCGUGCAGAUCUCUGUAAUAUCGACACACAGAAAUGGAGCCGAAUUUCAAACAAAUAUUGGCUUUAUUCCAUCACAAUGAACUUAGUUAGGGACUUUUACGAGAUUUCUUCCAUUAUUAGGGCACAAAAACAAACAAUUGUGCCCCAAUGCGGUGUUCAGAAUUUCAACGAUUUGUGUGCAAUUUUCCUAAGGACUGUGACAGUUUUGCAGAGUAAUCGGGGGGUUAUCAUUGAUACGGUGAAAAAUGCUUGCGAUUUUUUCAUUCCUUUGACGGCUUUAGGCCACACGAAACUGUCUCCGGGGGCUGUGGGCUGCCUGGGGGUGGUUUCGUCCCUUGCAGGGAUUUUGGUCCUCCUUGACCCCAAAAUAAAACUCUCUCCAGCUUAAAAUACCUAAUUGUGUCAUUAAUUGUUUUGCCAACUGUACCAAACAUCUGUUAGUAUCAAGCCAGCUAUGGCGAAAUUCAUUUGUUUCAUGUUAAUGGGCACAGCCCUCUCGUUCAAAGGGCGCCCUCUAUAUGUAAAUCUUUCCUUAAUGAUUCACGAGUUAAAAAUUUUCGAAAAUAAAUAUUUGGUGAGUU